CCUGACAGCUCAACCAAAAAAAGGAGACAUAGGUUAUGUGUCACUUAAGCGGCUCCCCCAAGUUUUACUACAAAUUUAUCGAAAAGUCAUAUCUUGUACGAGAAAGACGCGAGACGAGAAUGUGAACGCUUUAUCGCGAUUCGAUACGCAAAAUGGACCGCCGAUCUUGUCUCCGGUAAUCGGCAUAAAUAUCUGUCUUCCGAGGAGAGGUUAGCACUGGUCGACUUAUCACAAAAAAUGGCUGUGGAAUUUCUGCUAAAUCGAUUCAAGGCUCUGCUCGUCCUGCUUUUCGGGAUAUUUAAGCGUGCGAUGUGCUGUCUUCGACGUCGAAGAAGAUCGUCCUGCGAUUGCGAGCCCUUGUCCACGGUCGGUGUGGUACCAAAUGUCUUAACUAACUCAACGGAAUUAGAACAAUGGGAUAAAUGGGAGGAGAAUCCAGUUGUCGUUAUACCAGAUAAACCAGUUAACACGGUACAAGCAAAGAUAGAGCAGUAUCGACAACAAGUUGUUAAACCUCCUGAAGUACCUACUGAAGAACGACUAAACUUUUUUGAGGACAUGACUCCAAGAAUCACUAGACAGACAAAAGUUUUAAUAAAGGAUAAACAUGUGGAUAAUUCAUUUCCCAAUACUGCAAAAUUCACAGCCAUGGAUCCAGUCCCGACUAAUGAAUUGGAAGAAUGGGAAGAAAACACUGCUGCUUGGGAAGUAGAUGCUAUGGACGAAUUCAAUGACUCUACCAAAGUAUUGCGAGAGCAAAGAAGAAGAGAAAGGGAACAACGGUUAAUAGAGCAACAGCAAAAAAGACUGGAACGUACUGCAAAACCCUUGGGUGCAAAGAUAUGUUCCUGAUGCAAAAUCAUAAACAUAUGGGAUUUAACAUCAAAAUACACAAUAAUGUACAAUUUAAUGAGAUAUAUAUCAGAUAUUUUUAACGUAAAAAUUAGUUCAUUUGUAUUAACUCUCAAUCUCUUCGAGUUUCGUACCAGUUUUUGCUAUUGUUUCAUUUUUUAUA